UAUUACUAUCAUUAUACAUUGCAUUUGACAAAAAAAAACAACAACAAAUUUUAAUUAACCACAGCAUAAAUCUUAAUAUAAAUUGAAUAAAAAUGAAAUCAUAUAAAAAGAAAAUCAUCUCAUAUACAUUAAAGACGAUCGCCUACACAUUCUGUGCAAUAGGAUGUGCAUAUCAAGUGAUUUCCAUAAUUAAUCUAUACUUUUCUUUUCCAACUACCGUAUUCUCAUUUAUCGAAAUAAUGGAUCGACUUGAAUUACCGGCCAUCACUUUAUGCACAAACAAUCUAAUCAUGUUGAAUAAAAUGAAAUGUAUCGAUCCUAAAUUUAAUCAAUCGUGGACAAAAUUGAUGGAACUUUCUCAACAAAAUCUAUUCUAUUCGAAUCAAACCAGAUUGCUUAAACAGAAAUUAAUUGAUCAUACAAUCCGGAAAUUAAUGGAUCAACUUCCAGUGUAUGAUUUUUCACAAUUAGGUACUGAAUGGAAUGAUCUACUUACUAAUCGCUAUUUUAAAUGUGCAACUGAUCCCUAUAAUGUGGACAAAAAAUGCAUAGAUCAUUCCAAUGUAAUUCAAAGUGCUCAAGAAUUGGGCAAUUGUUUCACUGUUUUUAGACGAUCAGAAAACCGUACAUUAAAGGAGAUUGCCAUCAAGUCAGGAAUUUCUCAAUCGCCUGUGAUACGUGGAGUGGAAGAUUCAUUGAAUCUGGAAAUUGCCGAUCAACCGUUUCAUCCAAACGAAGUGUUUCGAAUGAUGAUCAAUUUCAGUUUGGAUCAAAGAACUACCUUGAAUGAAAAAGUCAUGGGCCAUUUGGCCAUUCAUGAUGAGAAUGAAUUGCCACCGAUUCGUGAUAGAAAUUUUAUCGUUUAUCCAGGUUAUUAUUAUGAGUUUUAUAUUAGCAAAGAAAGUGGUAAAUAUUUACCUUCACCUUACGUGACGGAUUGUGUCAAUUAUGAUCGGGAAAAAAGUCACAUGGAUAAAAGCGAAAGUCAAAUUCGUGUAAUGUCACGUGAAACAUGCAUUAUGGAUUGCAUAGCAAAACAAACAAUUAAUCUUUGUAAAUGUUGGCCACCCGAAUUACCCUUUAUUGUUUUGGAUCAAAACAAUUCGAAUAAUCAUUUAAAAUGGUGUUCAUGGCGCGAUGGAACCAAUAUUGUUGGCGACAAUUCUUCUAAAGAAAGAAAUUGGUUUCAUUUUUGUUUUGCCAAUCAUGAGAAACGAUGUAAAAAUUUAUGCAAAAUCGAAUGCAAGUCAGAUAGUUAUGAAAUUUUGCGACAAAGUGUCAUAUGGCCUUCUCAGGAGCGAAUUGACCAUAGUAAAAAAUAUGACAUGACUUUGAGAAAAUGUUGUACAUUGAUUUCCAUUCGUUUCUGGUCAUCGGAACAAUCAAUCCAAGAUUAUCAGCCCAAAUAUGAGUUUGUGGAAUUCAUUUCAUAUUUUGGUGGAUUAUUGAGUAUCUGGUUGGGAUUUUCAUUUGUCAAAACCUAUGAUAUUGGCGAAUUAGUAAGUCGUAAGAUCAUUAGUUAUAUAUGGCAAUAUGGAAAACAAUCAUUGAGCAAAGGAAAAUCUCAGCCAUCACGAACAACAAAAAUCCGUCCUCGUGUUUCACGAUAUUUAAAAAACAGUCCAUCGUUACGAAAAAGUUUACAGAUUUAA